AUGGCAAACCCAUCUCAAGUUGCUGGCGCGGCAACACCAAAUCCGCAACUGGGUUUCGACCCAUCCUCGUUGCCCAUCGCACACCUUGAAUCUCUCAGGUUCAAGGCCAACCAGAUGGUGGAAUCCAUCCAGCUACUCCAGCGUACGUUGGACAUGGGGGGAUACAUGCCUGCGUGGCCGGAGAUCCUGUCAAAGUAUACCAUCUUGCUGUCUCAGUCGCAUAACCUGUCCCACUCCCUGCUGGGCCCGCUUCACUCCUCCGCAUCUGGUAGCUCGUCCGCGCCCGGGAAUGUCUACGAGAAACUUGCGCUACAUUCUAGCAUCCCUAUGACGGAUUCCCAGAUGGACAACGAGCUCAUCCCCCUCCUGCGCAACCAGCAGACAACAGACGUGCUCAAGCUAGAAACCGACAUUGUACGCCACCUCGCGGAGCACAUGGAGACGAAAGGUUCUCUUGGCGUCAUGACACAGAACGGACGUGGCACAGGGCCAUAUGCAAAGCGCACAGAGUACGACGACGUCCUGCGGGAGUGCGAGCAGAUCCGCGUCGAGCACGACGAGCGGAUCGACCGUGCGGUGCGCGCAGUCGCGAUGCUCCGUGAGAAGUACGACUGGAAGGCGCGCGUCGAGGUUGACCAGGAGGAGCCGGAGGAGAUUGAGUGGAUUCCGCACGGCGGUCUGGCUCCCGAUGGGCAGGCGCACGAGCGGAUGAGCGUCGACAGGGAGGGCGGGGAUACGCCGGAUGGGGACCAGAGCAAUGAUAGUGACGAAGAGGAAGAGCUCGAGGAGGUUCUGGGCGACGGCGGCGAUCACACACCGGAUGGGACACCUGGCGGAGGCGAACCUGCUACGCCAACGGUCCAGGGGUAG